GGAACUUCACCGCAGUUUGUCAAUUUUAGGGUUUAUUUUGGUUCCAUGCCUUUGAAUCUCAUGCGUAACCCUUUCUUUAAGAGAGAGACUUAACCGCACUGCCGCUUCUCCAUAGUGACGCCGUCGAAUGCCACCACACCCAUACCAUCAUCUUCCUUGAUUUUCUAAGAUGAAGAAUGAGAAGAAAGUUCAACAAUUUCUUUCAAGAAGUGCUAGAAUAGGCAGAAGAAGAAGAAGAAUAAGAAGAAGAAGAAGAAGAAGAAGAAGAAGAAGAAGAAGAAGAAGAGGAAGAAGAGGACAAAGAAGAAGAAACCAGCCAUCUCUCCAUCUUCCCGAAGAAAUCAUCGAAGAAAUACUGUCAAUAUUGCCGGUGAAAUCACUGUUGAGAUUUAGGUGCGUUUCGAAAACAUGGCGGUCUUUAAUAGGCAGCAAACGCUUCAUCAAAGCCCAUCAUCAAAAUUCAAUGAAAAAUCCAUGUUUCCCCCAUCAAAGGCUCAUUAUACGGGAGAAGUUAAAUGAUAGGCUUGAGGAAUGUUCUCUGCAGUCGUUGCUGAGUGAAGCACCUAUCAGUCGAUAUUCACUUGAUGAUGCGAUGGCAACAUUGCUGCCAUAUCAAACUUCGGGAUGCUGUAAUGGGCUGUUCUGCGUUCUCAAGAACUCAAGAAAACGUGCAGAAAUUCUUCAAGAAAUUUACUUGUGGAACCCAUCGACUCGGACCUCCAAGAAACUGCCAGUAAUUUCUAGUCCCGGCAUUGUUUGUAAUUACGGAUUCGGUUGGGUUGAAUCGAGUGAUGAGUACAAGGUGUUUGUGAGUGUUAGUUAUUACCUGCAGGAGGAGAUUAAAUGGGUUGGUAAAGUUUAUAGUUCAAGGAAAAAAUCAUGGAAAACAAUUGAGCACUCCGUGGAUUUAGUUUCAUGUGGUGUACCGGGGAUAUUUGGAGGCAGGAAGAUUUACUGGAAGAAUUACGGAGAUAAAGAGAUAGAUAUUAUUUUCUUGGACUUGAAGAGUGAGGCGUUUGGAAGGAUUGAGCUUCCCUUUGAUCAAGAGACGUAUGGCAAGGUGGGUGUGCUUGGUGGUUUCCUUUGUGUGCUAUGUUUUAAUUAUCAAAUUAGAGGCUUUCGAGUUUGGGUUAUGAAGGAGUCUUGGGAGAAAGUGGUGACUCUUUCUCAUCUUAUUGAGCUUCUUCAACCACCACCAUUGGUGAAAGGUAUAAAUGGAGAGAUUUUGGUAAAUUGUGGAUCCGCUUUGUUGGUUUACGAUUGUCGGGAUAAUGUGUUCCGCAACCUCAGGUUUUAUUCCUGUUGUGAGGGUACUAGGUUCAGCAGUUACAAGAAUUACGGUUGUUUCAUUUCAUAUAAUCUCUAUGUUGAAAGUUUAGUCUCGCCCGAAGAUUUAUGAAACGUCUUAGAACAUGAUUGUGAGUGGUUUCAUAC